ACUUACCUAUUUACACGUACGAAUGAUCGGACCGUAUAAAAGAUUGUCCGUCAGGUGUAGAGGAUACAUUCCCGCCACAUUUGCGACGAGAGUGGGAUCAAAAUGUCUUCAAUUACAAGUUGUGCGAUCUUCGCUGUAUGUGCUUUAAUAUGCGCAUCACAGCCCGUGGAAAAGUUGCCAGUACUGAAGCAACUCCCUGCUGAAGUGGUGUUCAGAGACUACAAGGAAUUGGUGCUAGAGUGCGCAACUGAAGGCAAAGAGGAGGGUGUCAAAUAUGAAUGGCUGAAAGACGGCAAACCUUUCACGCCUAUCUCCAAAGUAUCCCAAAACGGUAACGAAGGUACCCUCAUUUUCAAAAACCCCACUGUUAGCGAAGAAGGGGUUUACCAAUGUCUCGCAGAAUCACCCUUAGGGGUCGCAAGCUCUAGAUUAGUCCACGUAAGACGUACAUUCAUGGAUACACCAAAAGUAGAACUUCAAAAACACACGCCAAUCGAGGGCAAAACAUAUAAAUUGGACUGUAAGAUACCCAAUGCAUAUCCUAAACCAGAAAUUGAAUGGAUGGUUGAAAGCGACAAGUCAAAGGAAGUUGUGGCUGGACAGAGAUUCACCAUAUCCGACGAAGGAGACUUAUACAUGUCUAAUGUAACAAAGGAAGACACUGGCAAUAAGAAGUACCUUUGCAUGGCCAAAUCUCCAGCCUUGGACUCAGAGGUUGUCUUGGCUGAGCAUGUGUUAGUGGACGUCGUGGGAGGAAAAGAGGGAGACCAUGAGGUAGUCCAGCAGUAUGUGACCAAAGACACUACCCUGAAGGCUGGAGAAAGCGUCUAUUUAUACUGUAUUUAUGGUGGAAACCCGCUAGCUCAUCCCGACUGGUUCAAAGACGGUAAAGACAUCAACAACAGUCCCAAAGACCGCGUCACUCGAUACAACAAGAGCGUCGGCAAACGGCUCAUCAUCAAAGAGGUGCUGCCCGAAGACCAAGGCGAAUACACCUGUGUGAUCGACAAUGAGGUUGGAAAAGUACAGAAGCACACUUUCAACGUUAAAGUUGUCAGUGCUCCCCAAUACGUCAAGCAACCUGAACAAAAGCUGAUAGUUAAGCAAGGACAAGACGUUACGAUCCCCUGCCAAGUACAAGCAAUCCCUGAAGCCAAGCUUUCCUGGACCUACAACAGCAAGAACCUUCCAGAAAAACUCCACGCACAUACUUCAUCCCAAGGAAACGUGGCCACUUCAGAUCUAGUCAUCCAGAAUGUGCAGAAAUCUGACAGCGGCUACUACGGGUGCAGGGCACAGAACGAAUAUGGCGACGUCUACGCUGAGACUUUGGUCUAUGUACAGUAAAUCAUGAGUUUACUGAGAUUUUUUGAUAAAUUUCAUAAUAAAUGAUUGUCAAAUACGGAAA